AUGUAUGUACCAAAACGCAAUAUUGUAAGAAUUUUUAGUGCUCAAAAUAUUUCUGUGUCAACGAUUUACCAGACAAUUAAAGAGUGCGAAAAUGGUAUACCAUACCUUAAUUUGCCCAAAAGUGGAAGACCAAGAGUUUUAACUCCUGCUCGAGAACAGAGAUUAAUUCAGAGUAUGGAGAACCAAUUAGGAAAAUCUUUGCGAAAUGUUGGCCGAAGAUAUAAUGUUUCACGAAUGACUGUAAGUAGAACAAUUUCUAGAAAUAAUUUAAAACGAUAUAAAAGAAAAAAAGCUCCUAAGUACAUACCAACCCAGUUAGAAAAAAUUCCUAGAUGUUGCCGUGCAUUGAGACGCAUCCAUUUUCCUGGUAAAAUUCUCAUUAUGGAUGAUGAAAAGUAUUUUACUUUAUCCAAUUCCGAAAUGAAGGGCAACGACGGAUUUUAUACACGCAAUGUACAAGAUGCACCGGACGAAGUUAGGUUUAAGGGAAAAGUGAAAUUUGCCGAUAAAAUUUUGGUAUGGUGUGCCAUCUCAGAAGCUGGUGUUUCACAGCCGUUUGUUGGGCGUGUUCGCGGUGAAGCUCUCAAUGCUGACAUUUACAUUGACAGGUGUCUUACAAAGCUUGUUCAAUUUAUAAAUACGCAUCACUCCAAUGAUGAAAUUAUAUUUUGGCCCGACUUAGCGUCAUGCCAUUACGCCAGGAGAACUACAGAUUGGUUAACUGCUCAAAAUAUAAAUUUUGUUCCCAAGCGCGACAACCCUCCAAAUGUGCCUCAGGCGAGGCCUAUAGAAGAGUUUUGGGCUGUUUUGAGUCGAAUGGUGUAUAAUAAUGGCUGGGAAGCCCAAAAUAAAGAUUAG